GAUGGGCGCUGGGACGUCGCAGGCUGGGUUUGUGUCGGGCGCUGGGACGUCGCAGGCUGGGUUUGUGUCGGGCGCUGGGACGUCGCAGGCUGGGUUUGUGUCGGGCGCUGGGACGUCGCAGGCUGGGUUUGUGCUGGGCGCUGGGACGUCGCAGGCUGGGUUUGUGCUGGGCGCUGGGACGUCACAGGCUGGGUUUGUGCUGGGCGCUGGGACGUCACAGGCUGGGUUUGCGCCGGGCGCUGGGACGUCACAGGCUGGGUUUGUGUCGGGCGCUGGGACAGGGGCAUCGCAGGCUGGGUUUGUGCCAGGUGCUGGGAUGUCACAGGCUGGGUUUGUGCCGGGUGCUGGGACAUCGCAGGCUGGGUUUGUGCCGGGCGCUGGGAAGUCGCAGGCUGGGUUGGCGCCGGGUGCUGGGACGUCACAGGCUGGGUUUGUGCCGGGUGCUGGGACAGGGGCAUCGCAGGCUGGGUUGGCGCCAGGCGCUGGGACAGGGGCAUCGCAGGCUGGGUUUGUGCCGGGCGCUGGGACGUCGCAGGCUGGGUUUGUGCCGGGUGCUGGGACAGGGACAUCGCAGGCUGGGUUUGUGCCGGGUGCUGGGACAGGGGCAUCGCAGGCUGGGUUUGUGCCGGGCGCUGGGACAGGGGCAUCGCAGGGUGGGUUGGCGCCAGGCGCUGGGACAGGGGCAUCGCAGGGUGGGUUGGCGCCAGGCGCUGGGACAGGGGCAUCGCAGGCUGGGUUUGCGCCAGGUGCUGGGACAGGGGCAUCGCAGGCUGGGUUUGCGCCAGGUGCUGGGACAGGGGCAUCGCAGGCUGGGUUUGCGCCAGGUGCUGGGACAGGGGCAUCGCAGGGUGGGUUGGCGCCAGGCGCUGGGACAGGGGCAUCGCAGGCUGGGUUUGCGCCAGGCGCUGGGACGUCGCAGGCUGGGUUUGCGCCGGGUGCUGGGACGUCACAGGCUGGGUUUGCGCCGGGUGCUGGGACGUCGCAGGCUGGGUUUGCGCCGGGCGCUGGGACGUCGCAGGCUGGGUUUGCGUCGGGCGCUGGGACGUCGCAGGCUGGGUUUGCGUCGGGCGCUGGGACGUCGCAGGCUGGGUUUGCGCCGGGUGCUGGGACGUCGCAGGCUGGGUUUGCGCCGGGUGCUGGGACGUCGCAGGCUGGGUUUGCGCCGGGUGCUGGGACGUCGCAGGCUGGGUUUGCACUGCGCGGUGGGACGUCGCAGGCUGGGUUUGCGCCGGGCGCUGGGACAGGGGCAUCGCAGGCUGGGUUUGCGCCAGGUGCUGGGACGUCGCAGGCUGGGUUUGCGCCGGGCGCUGGGACAGGGGCAUCGCAGGCUGGGUUUGCGCCAGGUGCUGGGACAGGGGCAUCGCAGGCUGCGUUUGCGCCGGGCGCUGGGACAGGGGCAUCGCAGGCUGGGUUUGCGCCAGGUGCUGGGACGUCACAGGCUGGGUUUGCACUGGGCGGUGGGACAGGGGCAUCGCAGGCUGGGUUUGCGCCGGGUGCUGGGACGUCACAGGCUGGGUUUGCACUGCGCGGUGGGAUGGGGGCAUCGCAGGCUGGGUUUGCGCCAGGCGCUGGGACGUCGCAGGCUGGGUUUGCGCCGGGCGCUGGGACAGGGGCGUCACAGGCUGGGUUUGCACUGCGCGGCGGGACGGGGGCAUCGCAGGCUGGGUUUGCGCUGCGCGGCGGGACGGGGGCAUCGCAGGCUGGGUUUGCGCCAGGCGCUUGGACGUCGCAGGCUGGGUUUGCACUGGGCGGUGGGACAGGGGCAUCGCAGGCUGGGUUUGUGCUGGGUGCUGGGACAGGGGCAUCGCAGGCUGGGUUUGCGCCAGGCGCUGGGACGUCGCAGGCUGGGUUUGCACUGGGCGGUGGGACAGGGGCAUCGCAGGCUGGGUUUGUGCUGGGUGCUGGGACAGGGGCAUCGCAGGCUGGGUUGGCGCCAGGCGCUGGGACGUCGCAGGCUGGGUUUGCGCCAGGUGCUGGGACAGGGGCAUCGCAGGCUGGGUUUGCGCCGGGCGCUGGGACAGGGGCAUCGCAGGCUGGGUUUGCGCCAGGUGCUGGGACGUCACAGGCUGGGUUUGCACUGGGCGGUGGGACAGGGGCAUCGCAGGCUGGGUUUGCGCCGGGUGCUGGGACGUCACAGGCUGGGUUUGCACUGCGCGGUGGGAUGGGGGCAUCGCAGGCUGGGUUUGCGCCAGGCGCUGGGACGUCGCAGGCUGGGUUUGCGCCGGGCGCUGGGACAGGGGCGUCACAGGCUGGGUUUGUACUGCGCGGCGGGACGGGGGCAUCGCAGGCUGGGUUUGCGCUGCGCGGCGGGACGGGGGCAUCGCAGGCUGGGUUUGCGCCAGGCGCUGGGACGUCGCAGGCUGGGUUUGCACUGGGCGGUGGGACAGGGGCAUCGCAGGCUGGGUUUGUGCUGGGUGCUGGGACAGGGGCAUCGCAGGCUGGGUUUGCACUGCGCGGUGGGACGUCGCAGGCUGGGUUUGUGCCGGGUGCUGGGACGUCACAGGCUGGGUUGGCGCCGGGUGCUGGGACGUCGCAGGCUGGGUUUGCACUGGGCGCUGGGACAGGGGCAUCGCAGGCUGGGUUUGCACCAGGUGCUGGGACGUCGCAGGCUGGGUUUGCGCCGGGCGCUGGGACAGGGACAUCGCAGGCUGGGUUUGCACUGCGCGGUGGGAUGUCGCAGGCUGGGUUUGCACUGCGCGGUGGGACAGGGACGUCGCAGGCUGGGUUUGCACUGCGCGGUGGGACGUCACAGGCUGGGUUGGCGCCGGGCGCUGGGACGUCGCAGGCUGGGUUGGCGCCGGGCGCUGGGACGUCGCAGGCUGGGUUUGCGCCGGGCGCUGGGACGUCACAGGCUGGGUUUGCACUGGGCGGUGGGACGUCGCAGGCUGGGUUGGCGCCAGGCGCUGGGAUGUCACAGGCUGGGUUUGCACUGCGCGCUGGGACGUCGCAGGCUGGGUUUGCACUGCGCGGUGGGACGGGGGCAUCGCAGGCUGGGUUUGCGCCGGGCGCUGGGACGUCGCAGGCUGGGUUUGCACUGCGCGGUGGGACGGGGGCAUCGCAGGCUGGGUUUGCGCCAGGUGCUGGGACGUCGCAGGCUGGGUUUGCGCCAGGCGCUGGGACGUCGCAGGCUGGGUUUGCGCCAGGCGCUGGGACGUCGCAGGCUGGGUUUGCGCUGCGCGGUGGGACGGGGGCAUCGCAGGCUGGGUUUGCGCCAGGUGCUGGGACGUCACAGGCUGGGUUUGCGCCGGGUGCUGGGACGUCGCAGGCUGGGUUUGCGCCAGGUGCUGGGACGUCGCAGGCUGGGUUUGCGCCGGGUGCUGGGACGUCGCAGGCUGGGUUUGCGCCAGGUGCUGGGACGUCGCAGGCUGGGUUUGCGCCAGGCGCUGGGACGUCGCAGGCUGGGUUUGCGCUGCGCGGCGGGACGGGGGCGUUGGGGGCUCGGGUGGCACUGGGAGCUGGCGGUGGCAGUCUCUUGGCUAGGGAGAUGAAGCGCUUGUUGCCCUUUAACUCUGCUCAGAGCUUCGCCUGGGUCCCUUCGUGUUCUCACCAGAUGUUAACCCGUGGGAGGUGUUAUAAUCAGCAAGGGCCCAGCUGUGAACUGUCACCCUGAGCUGCCCAGGGCUCGCAGCCCCAUCUCCUCAUCAUGGGGCCCAGAGACCCCGAGCUCCCCUUUCCCCCAGCCCGGCUCGCAGCUGCCUCUCCAUGCAGCGAGGGCUGCUCAGGGGUGUGUGUGUGUGUGUGUGAAAUUGGGCAGAGGGGGGUGUUAAUUGGGGCUGAGCCUGCAGGGUUGUGGCAUGGGGAGGCGUCUCACCAUCCCAGCCCCUCCACUGCAGCCUGGGGGCCAGCACAGUGCAGCGUUUCCGCCGUGCAUGCUGAUGGGGUUUGCCCUGAGGUUUCACGCCGAGGCUCCUGGCAAAGGCAGCAGGAAUUUCCCCCCCGAGCAGCAAGCGCUUGCGGUUAAACCGCCCCACCCCGGUGCCGAGGAUGACUCAGGGCUUGAGCAGCGGCCGCUCCUGCUCUGGGCUCCAGGGGUCCCCAGUUCCGUCCCCGGCUGUCGGUCAUCACACGGGCAUUUCUACUCUGAGCAGUGUCUGAAACCCAAUGUGUCCUGUCUGGGCCAGCACCGGGGAGGAACCAAACCCAGAGCUUGAGCAUCAGACAUGCAGCCUGUGCCAGCCAAGUCCCGCUGAAACGGGCUUUAAGCUGCACAGGGCAGGCCAGGGUUUUGUGGGGCCAGAUUUCACAGGAGCGCAGCUCCCAUCUGGGUGCAUCAAAGAAGUUUUGUCUGCUGCGGGGGUGACCCUCUGGGAGCCUGAAAUUCUGGCCUUUAACUGCUCGGCUUGGCCAGUCCUGACUCUGCCCCAGGGUUUCAAAGAGUCUCUGUGACAGCCCAGGGGAGCGGCCAGGCUGGGCGGGCGGCUCAGGAGAGCCGCAGCAGCCCGGGAGCUGGUUAGGGCGGGGAGCCGGGAUUCGGGUUCGGGGCCUGACUCUUGGCGGGAACGGAGGUGACGCCAGAACUCCUGGGCUUCUGCCGAGCGCGUGCCAAAUCCCAUCCCCCCUAAACGGCUCCGGUUCCCUGGCGGUGCAAUGGAGUUAAUGCCACCCGACUUCGGACAGGGGGUGUUUGCUCACUCGAGAGGCCGGGGCCCCGUGGAGCCCCGCGGCCCAGCAAAGGGGCUGGAACUCAGUCACUUCGUGACAUUUGCACUUUAGCGCCGGCACAGGAGGUAAUAAGCACGUCGGGCCAGAUGGUGGUAUUCAGGGGGCUGCCCCCCUGCCCUUCCCCUCCACAGGCCUCUGCCAGCAUGGGCUGGGCAUGCAGCCAGGAACCUCCCCCGUGGAAAGAGGAACAGGUGGCGGGGGGUGCGCGUGCGGGUGUGUGUGUGCGUGUGGGGGGGGGGGGGGGCGCUGUAAUAAUAAUGCAGGAGACUCUGAGGGUUUGGACAGGGGAGGGGCUGUGCCUGGACCCUGGGGCUUGAUCCUUGUAUUUGCAGUGACGCAUUUCCAGCUCUGAUGGGGCUGGUUCUUUUACAGCAGCAGCAAAUAAAUAAUAAUUUUGAAGCAA